AUGGUUCACGGGCCACUUGGCAUGCCUCGCUUAGCAUGUCAGCAGUCAGGGGACCCUCAACUUGACAACGGCCUUCAAACCCCUUUCUUAAGAGCUACACUUAGUUUUCUAAAAAGCUUGGGCCUAGUAGCAACAACAACAAAGGUCUUAAGAUUAUCAUCGGACCAGACAACACUCGAGGCUACGAAAGCUAUACGCCAAAAGAGGACCCGCCAAAACCUAAAAGCAUGCCGGACAAAAUCAACUCUUACUAAAGACAGCGUGCAGAUUUCCGUGCCUAACCUUAGCAACUCGAAAAGGGGAUCUAGCACUCUCGGACGUACCGGCAAGCUAUCCACAUCUCUUAAAAAGCUACGUAUCAACAAAAGAAAGACUAAAGGUAUAAGAAUCGCUAAAAGCAAGCUUAAGGAUACGGAUAUCAUUAAGCUAAAGCUUCAGCCGGUGACCCGAAUAGCCUUAGAGAUCUUAACGAUAGCCGACGAAAAAGGAACGGGGAAGAUUAGCAAAGAGAUCGAGGCUACGGAUACGAAAGAACUAAGAGCAGCAGACCCUUACUUAAAAGCGAAAGAAUUGGCUUUGUUCGCGCGAAGCUUUCUUAAGGAGCUGAAAUAUUCAAGACCCGACGAUAACUUCAAGACUCAAUUAAAGAUUUUUGCUAACCAAGCAAGUCGAUACGGUUUGACCUCCGAAGACUACUUAACGGCGUUCCCGAUUAUGCUUAUAAAAGAGGCUAUAACCUUCUAUUAUAAUCACGUCAUCAAAGCUAAGCUUCCGACUUUCAAAGCAAACAAUCUAAGGACCUCGCUUAGCGAGUGCUUUAAAAAGCUCGCUAAAGAGCUCAAAGGGAUUCAAGGCUCUUUACGACCAAGUUUGAAAGACGAUCGAAGUCUUGCUGACAAGCUGUAUUCAGCUUAUAAAAACGUGCCAGAGACUACGAUUGCGCGAAUGAACCUUGCUUUUACUUUCACCGCCGCAAUUGCCGAUAUUCGCAAAGCUAUUGCGUUUGCAAUUAAGACUUCUCGACCUCUCGCUAAGGCAAGUAAAGCUUACGCGAGCUUUAGCGAGCCACACGAUCACACCUGCUUUCACAACAUCUUAAAAGCUGAUUCCGAUUUGGACGAAGAAUACGAAUGCUUUAUUCAAGACCGCCAAUACUUCGGAGGUAAAAAAGCUGCUAAAGCUACUAUUAAAGGUGAGAAAAGAAGAAUUCGAUCAGUUUAUCGCAAGCUUACUAAACGAGCCGCUCGAAUCGAGCAGCUACGCUAA